CUAAAUAAUUAUAAGAUAGACGGUUAUAAAAAGAAAAAACUAAAAAAAAUCUCAUAAUUCAUAAAUAGAGAACUAAAUAAAAAAUCUCAUCCUCUAAGCUAGUCCACACUCACUUACCAUGCUCAGUCCUCACUAUAGUUAAUCUCAACCGUUAGAUCUCCGAGACUCUGACAGCCACUCCUUCGAUUACCCACAGUACUAAAGACCGUCUUUCACUUCAGUUUGCCCACGCCACUUCCCAUAGUCUCAACAAAACCUCAAAAGGAGCUACCUUUUUCCCUCUCUCUCUCUCUCUCUCUCUCUCUCUCUAUAGUUCUUCUUACUUGCUUUUCAUUAGCUUUUGUUCUUUUAAGCUUCCCUUUUUCUUCUAAUUUCAUUUUUCUUCCCCCCUUUACUACCUCUUCUGGGUAGUGGGGUUUUCUAGAGCUCUCUUCUUCCCUUGGUGAGAUUUUGUUGAAGACUGAGAAGAAAGAUUGUUCUUUUAGAGGAUUUUAAUGGCGGGUCUUAUUCUGUUUUUGCUUACGGCAAUCUCUGUUGUUGCAGCUGAUGAAGAUGCUUUCAUCGGUGUAAAUAUCGGUAAUGAUGUUUCUGAUAUGCCAACCCCAACUCAAGUGGUGGCACUUUUGAAGGCUCAGAAUAUUAAACAUGUAAGACUUUUCGAUGCAGAUCGAGCUAUGCUUCUUGCACUUGCAAACACAGGCAUACAGGUGAUUGUAUCGAUUCCAAAUGAGCAGCUUCUCGGGAUUGGUCAGUCCAAUGCCACUGCUGCCAAUUGGGUUUCUCGAAAUGUGAUUGCUCAUGUCCCUGCCACCAACAUAACAGCCAUAGCUGUUGGAUCUGAUGUCUUGACGACCCUCCCUAAUGCUGGCCCCAUUUUAGUUUCUGCGCUAAAAUUCAUUCACUCUGCUCUUGUUGCCUCUAAUCUCGAUCGCUUAAUAAAAGUAUCCACUCCACACGCUUCUUCCAUUAUUCUCGAUUCCUUUCCACCUUCCCAAGCCUUCUUCAAUCGAACAUGGGACCCCGUCAUGGUUCCCUUGCUUAAGUUUUUGCAAUCUAGUGGCUCAUACCUUAUGCUCAAUGUCUACCCUUAUUACGAUUACAUGAAAUCAAACGGUGUGAUUCCCUUGGACUAUGCACUAUUCCGCCCCCUUCCACCAAACAAAGAAGCUGUGGAUUCUAAUACACUAUUGCAUUACACCAAUGUCUUCGAUGCUGUUGUUGAUGCCGCUUAUUUUGCAAUGUCUUACUUGAACAUUACGAAUGUUCCUGUUGUAGUGACUGAGUCGGGCUGGCCCUCAAAGGGUGACUCAACAGAGCCUGAUGCCACUGUUGAUAACGCUAAUACUUACAAUAGUAACUUAAUUAGACAUGUACUUAACAACACAGGGACUCCUAAACGUCCCGGGAUAGCUGUUAGUACUUUUAUAUACGAGCUUUACAAUGAGGAUUUGAGACCAGGUUCAACAUCUGAGAAAAACUGGGGGCUCUUUGAUGCUGAUGGAAUACCGAUUUAUAUCUUGCACUUGACGGGAGCUGGGACUGUUCUGGCGAACGACACUACAAAUCAAACUUUCUGUGUUGCUAAGGAAGGUUCUGACCGCAAGAUGCUACAGGCAGCGUUGGAUUGGGCAUGUGGACCGGGCAAAGUUGAUUGCUCACCUAUGUUGCAGGGGCAAUCAUGUUAUCAACCCGACAACGUGGUUGCACAUGCAACAUACGCUUUCAAUGCUUACUUCCAGCGAAUGGCAAAGUCUCCUGGAACAUGUGAUUUUAAAGGAGUGGCAACCAUCACUACAACAGACCCGAGCCAUGGUUCUUGUAUAUUUCCCGGAAGUACUGGAAAAAAUGGAACCUUUGUAAAUGGUACAUCACUUGCUCCAUCUUCAAAUUCCACAACUUCCGGUUGUCAUUCACAAUAUCUCGACCGUGGCAGUUCUUUCACUAGCUCUGUGAUCAUAGGCAUCUUAUUUUUAACCUUAGUAGUUUCGUUGUAGAAACUACAUAUCUAUUUGUAUUCGUGCAAAUCUUUCGGGAAACAUUCUGUUUCGACUGUUGGUGGAAGUCAUUAGAAAACCCAAUUUUGUGUCCCCGUCGGGGUGUGGGGUUUUCGGGGGGUACCGGCUUGAGAUGAUCUAUAUUUAGCAAGAAGUUGUAAGGUAUUUGUCCAUUGGAGUGUGUACAAAAAAGACCAAAAAGGUGAUUAUUUCAGUUUAAGUUUGUAACUAACUAGCUUUGUAGGAAAAAUUUGAGUUGUAUUCUUUGAACUGAACUGAAAUGAAAAUGUACCACUUUCUUCUUGAAAUGAAAACUACAUUACUUUUA